GCAACCUCGAACAGGACGGGUGUGUGUGUCGCUCGUCAUCGUCUUCGUUCGCCUGUGUCCAACAGCAGCAGAAGGCAGAGUUUUUUUUUCAGUGUAAAGUGUGUAUAAGUCAGGCGUGCCCGUGGCAAAAGCUGUACCUAGUACCUGCGAACGGGACACAGCAGCACAGCCCAAACUCACGGGCACCAAACGUAACGUCCGCGUGUGUGUUUGUUGCGUGCAGAAGUGGUCACCUCUCGUACACUGCCAGCGACAGUGGUGGUGGGCAAGCAAAAAAAAAACCGUCAGUGGAAGAAUUUUUCCUCGCGCCGCGAGUGGGUGAAAAGUGGGUGCUUAUCCCUUCCGUGCAAACAAAGCAACAAAAGUGUUCCGUACGCGUAAGCGCGUGUCUGUGUACCGAUAAGAUGCUGUGCGUGUGAUGGGUGUGUUUGUUUAGUAUUGUUUUUUGUUUUUGGUUCGGGCAGCAAGAUUCGUGCUCCUCCUCACCCGUGAAGUGUGUGAAAGCCGCGACGUCCUCCUUUGCCGUGAAAAUCGGCACUUCACGGAGCAUUGUCCACACAGGCCACGCAAAGGUGUGCAUCGAGUGUGUGUGUGUGUGUGCGUUGUGUCCAGGUGGCUAGUGAAAAAUUAACCUUUUCGGAGUGUGAAAAAUGUGUGCAAGCAGCUAAAACGAGCUCGCUGUGUGUUGUAUAAAGUUGAGUAAAAUAUGCGUUUUGCCUGUUAAAAAGGUGUGCGUGUGUACGUGCGUGUUUGUGUGUAUGUGUGUGUGUGUGCUGAGCGUUAAACCACACUACUACCAUAACGGUAAACGAGGAAGCGAAAGUGUGUGUCCGCCGCGUCCGUAUUGAACGUCGGGUGUGUGUGUGUGUGCGUGUGUAUGUGUCGCCGUGUCAGUGUAUGCGCGUGUGCGUGCGAGUGUGUUCGGUAGUAGUAUGUAUUGAAGCCAGAAGGCACCAGCGCGGUGCGCAGAGAUAGGAGAGAAGCAAGAAAGAGGAGAGAAGAAGCGAAAAAAAUAACAAGUGGAAAGAAAUGAUGUCAAAACCGGAGCCCAAUUGAGCAGGCUUUCGCUGUCAGGUUGAUUUUUCCAUCCGUGCGGAAGUGUUGCGUGCGCGCUGCCGGAAGUGAACGGUUCAGGUGGUCGUGAAUUCGGGAGCAUUUGCACCAGCUGCAAAGGUCCAUCCUCCGCGACGCUGCGCCACCCCGAUCGCCAUCAUCAUCUCGCCAUCGCCAAAAGGAGGAGGAGGAGGAGGAGGAGGAGGAGGAAGGUGUUCUGCUUGGAUUACUCAUCUCCGUGAAUCGGUGUGCGUGUGUGUGUUGCUGCUUUUUGCCCGUUUUUGUUGUUGUUGUUGUUUUGCUCCGGCUCAGUGGCAAUCGUUGGGGAACGAACGGCGAUUUCGUCAUCUCGCGGAGCCGUUUCGUUCGAUUUGUGCGGGGUUGCUGACAUAUACACCACCACCUCCCCGGGGGCUUCGAUUCAGGUCCCACCCCCACACACACAGAUCUCCUCCCAUUUCCCUCCCUAUCCGCCAGCAAAAAAAAGUUGCGAAUCCUGGCCACGCGACCGUAUGCAACCUGCCCUCCGUGUCCAGCCCACGCCAACCCCGUGAGUGUGUGAGAGCAUAAGUUGCAAACGUUCAGCCCCCCGCUCCCAACCCAACCCCUUCGCCCCGUGCUCACCCCUUUCCUUCGUCAUACCAAUGCCGGGCGAAGAAGCGUUGGUGAUGCAUUUUGCCCCGUCGACCGCAACGCACUGGUGAACUUUUACUGUGCAACUGAGAGAUCGCGAUAGAGAAAGAGAGAGAGAGAGCGAGUGUGGGAGUGAAAAAUAGUGUGUGUGAAAGAGAGUGAGCGAGUUUUGAGAUAGAAAAAAAGUGUAGAAGAAAAACGUAGCUUCAAGAUGGAAAAUCCACAACAUCAGCAGCAGCAGCAGCAACCAUCAACACGGUCUGCGUACGACAUGGAAACCCAGGAAUCCCGAUUUGCCAAACAGAGAGCGUCAGUCAGGUGGCUGCUCUCCAAAGCGUACAACAAUCGUGUGCCAGAGAUACUGAAGGAUCCGUUCUACCGCGACCACGAGGGCCAGGACCAUCUGAAGCCGCAGAUCGUGGUCGGGCUGGGCAACGCGUCGAUCUACUGUCAGGUGCUGAGCAACAUCUACUCGGACCCGAACUACCAGAGCCUGAACCAUUGGUCGAUCCUGCAAACGCUCUCGCGGAAGGGGGUGCCGCUGAACGAGUCGUCCGAUCAGCCUCUGACCGAGACGGUACUCAUACAGACGAAUCCUCUUAGAAUUAAUGCACAUAUGACUGUGAUAGAAGCGCUGAUGGUGUUAUACGCUAAAGAGGUGGCUUCCAGUGGAAGAAUUUCCAGUGCUUUAGAGAGAAUUUCGGGCUGUAGUGUAGCGCCGACGGUUCAGCAUCAUGAAGCUGCCUUACUGAAUUGGAUUUCGCACGUCUGUGGUGCGCUGAAGAAGCGCAUCGACUACGAACUGACGGCCAACGGAGGCGGCGGUGCUGCUGCGGUGGAUGAAUAUGGUCAACGGCAUCAAAGCCCGAACGUUCCACCUGUGCGAGACUUUCGUGAACUGUGCGACGGUGUUUGUCUGGCUUAUCUAAUCUCCUACUACUGUCCCAAACUAGUUCCUUGGCAUAGCGUUAAAUUCAACCACGUACCGACUAUUACGGAUUCCAUUCACAAUAUUCUGAUAGUUAGUAACUUUUCCGAGCGAAGUUUGCCAUACACCGUGUUUCAUAUGUCCCCAGAGGACAUAACCUACAUGAGAGGAUCCAUGAAACAGAAUCUGGUAGUGCUGCUGGCGGACUUGUUCAAUCUCUUCGAAAUUCAUCCGGCCAAAUGUGUCUGCUAUCCGGGUAUGGAGCAGCAGUCGCCAGAUGCAACGGGAGCCGGCGCAACUAACGAGCACGGCAUUGCCCACCGGCGGGGCUUUGCGAAUCAACCGACGAUCGCGGCCAUUCCCGAUUUGCGUCCCGGGCUCGACUCGCCAUCGAGCAGCAGUGGCGGCGGUGGCGGCGGCGGCAGCGGCACCAGUAGCGGCGGCAACGGUGGUGCCGGCGGUGUUGGCUGCAGCAGUGCCAGCGGCAAUGGGGCCAUUAAUCGGCCGCCGUUUCAAGUCAAUCGGUCACCAUCGGCCAGCACACUCAGGAAGCAUAUGUCAAGCCGGGAGAUACCCGAACAGCCGCAGCAUCAGCCACAUCAGCUGUACCAACAGCAGCAAUCACCGUACCAGCAGGCAGAUCCUGAUGAAGGAUUUGUCGUACACAGAAGUAAAGGAGUGCCAACAUUAUCAUCGAUGCAAGAACCACUGGUACCGGCGAGAAUUCGACAGGCCAAGGAAAAGACGAACAACGACUCGAAAGCGGAAGAGCGAGGUGAUAGCAUCCCGGCAGGGCGGCCGAGCAAUUGGGAAGAGUCGCGCAAGACCAGCUUCUCAGGGCGACGCUCGCGGCGCAAUUCGUUCAGCGAUGAUUCUCAGCUGACGAUUGAAAACUUUGGCGGAUCGCAGGACCAGCUGAACACGGUCGGGCGCUUUGAGCGGGAGCGCAAAAUCUCCAACACCAGCCUGACGUCGAUUGAGCAGGUCGCACCGACCAGAUCGUCGCUGGCGGAUGCGCGCGGCUCGAUACAGUUCGGGUACGACACCGAUUCCGGCAAUGAGAAGCAGGAUCGGGACACCGAAAAACUGCCCGGAAGUGCCGGUGGCACCUUGCGGCGCCACAACAGCACCACGCUACAUUCCACCAGCAGUCCGAUGAGCCAUUCGAGCGAUGUGAGCAAUAACGCGGGGAGCCGGGCCGGCAGUAGCUCGGUCGAGCGCGAUCUCGUUGACGGAGAUGGUACGCCGACGAUGGGCGGCAGUGUUGGGGGAAUAGCGGUCGCUGCUGCGGCAACCGUUUCCGACGUGGAGCUAACGCCACGGCGAAAGACAUCGUUUGCCACGCUGCCAAACACCACCACCUGGCAGCAGCAAGCGAUCAGCGUACAGAAGAUGGAUGAUGUCGACGACUCGCAACCGCUGGAAGAUGCAUCGAAGAUCUCGACCAUCAAGCUGAAGCUGGAGGAAAAGCGUCGCCUAAUCGAGCAGGAAAAGCGGCGCAUUGAGACCGCCUGGACGAAGCAGCUACAAACGGUUGGCAAACAGGCUUUUUUACAAGCUAUUAGCAAGAGCAAAAGUGGCAGCAAUGUCGCCGGUGAGCCGGAAUCCACCUCGAAAGAAUCGAACGACGGGGCUACGGUAGUAGAGGAUGAUGAGGUUGUAGUAGAAAAGGCGGAACGACCAUGUUCCCUCAAGGAUUUGGAUGACCACAGCAAGUAUGAGCAGAAAUGGAAUGCACAAAUAAUCGAACCGAAGAAGACUCCCGAUCUGGAGAACAUGGACCUGGAACAGUAUCAACAAAGCAUUUCGAAAAUGAACUCCAACUUGCACGAUAUUCAGGCGGACAUACAGCGUCUCACCCAGCAGCAGAGUCAAAUUCAAGCCCAAACCCUGCAGGCACAGCAGCUACUGCAUGCGCAGCAGAUUGCCAAUCUGCUCAAUCAGCAGUACGGAUCGCAGCAAAGCAUCCCGACCAACACGUAUCGUCCGAUGAAUACUCAAAUGUUCGGCUCUAGUCCACAUCUGCCGCAGCACCAGCAGCAGUCAUCGCCGAUCAAUUACGGGAUGCGUCCACCGAGCCGUGAUCCGUACCUCCACCAACAGCAGCAGCAGCAGCAGCAGCACACGAUGCAGUACAUCAACGACCAGGGUCAGUACGUGCAGCCGCAGGCAAACUACGGUCACCAUCCGAACAGCAACAGUCAUCUAGUGUUCAGUCGCGAACAGAGCCAAACACAGCUGAUCAACGAUCACAACGGGGGCGGCAACCAGUACCGAACAAUGACCAAGGAAAGCCACCAAUACUCCUCGAACCCUUACCUAAACAUGGAGGUGCACCAGCAGCAGCAGCAGCAGCAGCAAUUCUACCACCAAGACUCGAACCACUACCGGGAUCCGUACCAGCCGCAGCAACCGCAGCAUCACCCGCAGGAGCUGAAAGAGCAGCACGGUGGGGGACAAUUUUUCCUGCACGAUAAUAACAAUUCCACACCGCCCCAGCCGACCCAGCGCCGCACCUGGGCACAGUCGGCGGCUGCAGCCGGGGUACCGCUCGGCGGAUCGCCGAUCAUCACCGGGCGCAACGAUAACAUCAACAGCAGCAUGGUGGACGUGAACGCAUGGAACCAUGGGCCGAAGCAGCAGGGCGGCACACUGCCCGGCUACAACAAGUCGUCGCCCGCGCCGAGCGGUGGCUUUUCGCUGCACCACAACGGUGGCGAUGGCGACAGCGGUUACGGUGGGGGCAGUGGUCGAGGCGGUAGCGGUGGCAGCGGCGGCAGUCAACAGUCAUUCCAGAAUCUGUUCGAGGUGCACCAUCCGCACCAUAAUAUGGGCGGUACGGGUGCCAGUCCGCAGCACAGCAAGGUGCGCAAUCAAAUCUCGCAGAUGAUGAUCAGCAACGGGAACAACAGCCCGCUGGCGAGCGGCGGAGUGGGACCGAUGAUGGGCGGCGGAGACUAUCGGGACAAUCGCAGCAUGCCGCUGUCGCCCCCGAUCGACGAUAUGGCGCCGCAGAGCAUUUCCUUCAUCGGGGACGAGGACACGGGCGAUAUCGAGAUCAACACGUCGAAGGGUGGUAGUCGCAAAGAUAGCUUUGGCAUGCGGCAGCAGCACCAGCAGCAGCAGCAGCUGGAUGCGAUGUACGGCAGUAGCAAGGGGCCGGCCGGUAUGCGCAACAACAACAACAACAACAAUAGCCACAACAACAGCGCCGGUGGAAAUGUGCAGGAUCUGGAUAAGCAUCUGAGCAAGCUGAACAUUACGAGCGGUAACCGUACUUACAGAAUACCAUCGCCGACGCGACCAUCUCUCAACUCCAACAGUUUCCAUGACCCACAGGAGGAUGUGAACGAGAAAGGUUUCUACAUCUCGUUUGACAACGAACAGCCGAAACGGCCAAAGCCGCCACUACGGACAAAGCGCUCACCAAAGAAGGACAAACCGCUGGCCAGCGAUUCGAACGACGGCGACAAACGGCGAGACAGUAUGAGCGAAAAGCCAUCGUCACGAGAAACGAACGCCAACAACUUCGGCACGUACAGCGUCAAGACGGCGAGCAGUUUCUCGAGCAGCUUCAACGAAGAGCAUAACGCGUCGCACGCGCGGAAGAGCAUCAUCGCCGACAAUAGUGGCGUGUCGCCGUUCGAGCCGGUAGUGCACAAGGUGAAUGUCACCGGCAGUGGUGCGGCCGCACCAUCCUCCCCGAUGAUGAUGAUGCACCACCAGCAGCAGCAGCAUCAUCCGAUGGACCAUCUGGGCGACCGACGGUACACGAUGGAGGACAAUUCGAUCAGCGGCAACGGACACUACAGCAGUCACAACAAUAGCAGCGAUGGGUACGGUAGUGAAACGGAGCGCAAGGCCAAGAUCGUCAUCGAUGUGUCGAAUGAUCAGACCUCCGUGGACGAGAUGGAGCGAAAGAAGGAGAAAAUUAUGCUCCUAUCGCUGCAGCGAAGACAGCAGGCGGAGGAAGCGAAAGCGCGCAAGGAGAUCGAAGCGAUGCAGCGCCGCGAGAAGGAGCGCGAAAAGGAGGAGGAGCGGGCCCGCAAAAAGGAGGAACAGUUUGCCCGCCGCCAGGCCAUCCUCGAAGCACACAAACUCAAGAAAGCCAUCGAGGAAGCGGAGAGAGAAGGUAAGACAAUCGAUCGUGAGCUGCAGCUGAAGCAUCAGAUGUACCAGCAGCAGCUGCACCAGACGGCCCACUCGACCACACCGACGCCGGUAGCGAAACUGCGCACGCAGAAGCUGACCCGUCCCCGGCCGAAAACGAUUCACGUCGAGUCCGGCUCGGUCGAUCUGAGCGAAGCGUCCAGCCUGAGCAGUCGGGGCAAGAAGGGCUCCAACUCGAAUUUGACCGGUCUCGGUAUGCACAGUGCCUCGAACACGAUACGCCGAGAUUACUACCGGGGAUCACAGGAUUCAUUAGCAAUCAGAGAAUCACCGGACGAGUAUCCCAGCAGUAGUUCAACGCCAAUCGGACGCCGUGGGUCUUACAAAACAGGAAGAGAACCAGCCACGAUCGAACGGGGCCGCACACUGUCCCGUAUCUCGCUAGCGAAAGGUGCCAAUUUCCGGGGACGUAAAUCAAACUCCCUAAUGAAUCUAUGCGACUCCGAUUCCGGUCUGGGACGGGCGACACCACCGAGGCGAGCGCCGUCACCGGGAAUGGGCCCGUCGAGCCGCCAUCUGCCUUCGCCGUCCGGGCCGGGCUCGCUGCCGCCCGGGUUGAUCACGAAGCGGCGCGGCUUCGACGACGGUUCCAGCGACAUCUCGUCCAACGCAAGCUCCAUGAUGGAUUACAACGGACCGAGAUUGUACAAGCAACCGGCCACAAAAUCGAACCGCGGCAUCAUCCUGAAUGCCGUCGAGUACUGUGUCUUCCCGGGUGCGGUGAACCGCGACGCCAAGCAGAAGGUGCUGGAAAAGAUUGCCCGCUCGGAGGCGAAGCACUUCCUGGUGCUGUUCCGCGAUGCCGGCUGCCAGUUCCGCGCCCUGUACGGCUACUGGCCGGAGAACGAGCAGAUCAUCAAGCUGUACGGUACCGGCCCGAGCCAGGUCGAUGAUGUGAUGUUCGACAAGUUCUUCAAAUACAACUCGGGCGGUAAAUGCUUCGCCCAAGUGCACACCAAACACCUCACCGUCACGAUCGACGCGUUCACGAUACACAACUCGCUCUGGCAGGGCAAGAAGGCGAACCUGCCGAGCAAAAAGGAUAUGGCACUGGUGAUUUGAGGAUCGCAACCGCCGCCGUACACCCGGAAUGUCCGGAGUCCACUGUCCCCGUCGGUCCCUCCCACUGCUCCUCAUCACUCUUCCCACUCUACCGACAGUAUCACGCGUCGUGUCGUGUCCCACCAACGGUCCAACGACGACAGUGGCGACAGUAACCGCCAAGCAAGGCAACAGUCGUAGUAUAGUCUCAUCCCCUCCACUCAACCAGCAGCGAGUGUGUAUUUUGUGCGUUUUUGAGGGACGGUUUAGGGCCGUGAUAAUAUUGCACACACUCACGCGAGGCCUAGCACACAUUCAUUUGCAUAUUAUUUCAAUAAGUAUACUUUGAUGGAAAUACUUGUUGUGCCCUAUCCACUGGAUUUUGUGGGAGGCAUUAUCAUUUUGUCGUUUUUUUUCUAUAUGAUUGUAUUUUUCUUUCUUUUUUUCCUUGUCCUUAAAUACAUCCUUUUUGCUCACGUCCAUCUUUUGACGACUACCUAUAUGUAGCAGCAGCCGUAGCUGCCCUAUUUGUUCGUGGUUCGUGGUGGCGUGUCACCCCACGAAACGAUGAAGUGUAAUGUUAAGUUGUUCUAACCAAUUUAAUACUGAAGAAAACAAAAAGACAACCAGUUGUAGUGUGCGUGUGCGGCAAGGCACGGAAAGAUACGCGGGCUGCAGCGGAGCAGUGUAGAAUGAUGCGAAGAAGAGCUAAGUCAUCCCUAAGUUAGGCUACUAGCGUGGUAAGAGCUUUGAUUAUGCGUACUUCUGUUAGCGUACAAAACGGAUACGCAGUCGCUAUUAUCUCCCUUUCUUUCCGCACGGUAUUUCUAUUUUUGAACUUUUUUUAAGGGGGGGGAAAGUCCACCCUUUAACCACAAAAUACUGCACAGUUUGUUGUUCGGGUUUGUGCGCUCUCGAACGCCGCAUCCCCCUUCGUUGUUGCGUAUGCCGACAUUCCUGCAAACUACAAAUGUAUCUCUUUCGUUUCCUCUUUUCACACAUUAUUGUGGCUUCUUGUGAAAUGUCCUAACCACCCCCGCUCAAUCCAUCCACUCUUCUUACCCUUUGCUGUACUGUCACUGUAAUUUUAUAAGUUAACAGAGUGAACCAUUACAAUUAAAAAACUGAAAGCAAGCAAAACUGAUUAGCAUUGUAAUGAUGGAGGUAAAGAGCACAGAGAUAACGUGUUCCGCGAUAUAAUACCAGAAAGCGACUCGCGACGAGAUAGCAACAAAAAAAACAACAACAACUAGAAGUCUUUUAGAAACGUUAAACCAUGAAAAUACAUAACUAACUAGCAAUUGUGAAUGCGCGCAUUAAUUAAAACAAAACAAAAAACCGCUGCUAGAAUAAAUUAUUAACAGCCACAGUUGCGCGCUUGGGAGAUAUUAUUAUAGCCGGAGGUGAACCCGGUAGUAAUACACAAAGGUGUUAUAAAUUAUAAAGACUAAUUAUUAUUGUACCGCUAAUAAUUAUUUGUUAAACUAUUAUCCUUUUUAUUUUCACCCUAAUUUCACUCACUAUCUCUCCCUCACCCGUAUUGUUUUGCCUUGAGCGCGAUAUCGCCGAUCGCAGAACAGGGGGAAGAGGGUGGAAUCUGAAAGUCGUUAUCAAUCUACUGACGGUUAAAGUAAUCUUCACCUAGUUCGAACGUCAUAAACACACGUUCAAAAGUAAUAUUAUGAUUAAUAAUUAUUAUAAUUACACUCCCGCAACGUUGUCGUUAGUUGCAGCUGACCAUCCCUUCCAAAAAACAGCAAACGAAUCGAUAUAACACACACACACUACCCAUAUUAGUAACAUUAUGUUGUAAUGUUUUUUUUUUUGAACUGUAAAAUAUUUGCUUACGUAUUAAUGAUUUGCGCCAGGCGUGUGGAGACAGAGUGGCAGCGCGUGUGUGCGCGUGAGUUGAGUGCGUUUAAUCUCGGUGCGCGCACGCGGUAAAGAAAUUAACAAGUAAUAGGAUGAGUCGAUCGAGUCCGCGCGUAUUCCGUAUGCGAGUUGAUGACGUACGUAGUCGUAGCGGUGCGCUAAUCCGUCAUUUUAUAAUACUUAAGUUUAAAUCAAAGAUCAAAUAUAAUCGUUUUUAUUAAUA